GCAUGGUAAUGGGCGAGGUGUCACGGGCCUCAUGCCGGCCGGGAUCCCCCAGCCUCCAGGAGGGGGCGCUGAAGGCCGGUUGGCUGAAGAAGCAGCGCAGCAUCAUGAAGAACUGGCAGCUCCGAUGGUUCGUACUGCGCUCAGAUCAGCUGUACUUCUACAAGGACGAGGAAGAGACCAAACCACAGGGCUGCAUACCUCUGCAGGGCUGCCAGGUGAAUGAGCUCACAGCCAAUCCAGACGAGCCAGGAAGACACCUGUUUGAGAUCGUACCAGCAGGGGGCGCUGUCAGUCCAGAGUCAGCCUGUAGAAGCUCAUCUGUCAUCUCAUGACCUUGGAGCUGCUCGGUCACACCCUCACUGAGGCAUUUUUCUAGCUUGUUGAGUGUGAAAGUCCAUUCCUGC